CAGCCGAGUGUGAGCCCUCCCCCUUGGAGCUUCGGGGAGGAGGGGAGGGUUUAUUUGGCGGCGGCGCCGCGCGUGAGGGGAGGCGGGCGCCGGCCCCAGCCUAAGGGAGCAGGAGUGCGUCUGCCGUCGUCGUGCCCGCCCCGCCGCUGCUCCAGCUCACCCUGUGUGCACAUGCACCGGCAGCAGCCAGGCGCCCCCUGGGGCCGUGUCCCCGCACCGGGGCCCUGAGUGCGGCUGUGCUGCUGCCCCCAUGAGCACACUGGGCUGUCCCCACCCGCAGCGCUGAGCCAUCACCGAGGUCCGGAGCUGCGGGCUGGCCACCAUGCACUGGGCCCGGGCUGCCGCAGCCCUCCUCUGGCUGCAGCUUGUGUUCCUCGGGGGCAUCGGGGCGCGGCGGGAGCCCAAGAGGCCACGGCAGCCCGGCCAGCGCACCGAGCACCCCACCGCCACCGCGUCCAACAGCGAGGGGCUGCCAGGCUCCCCCAAGCCGCCUGAGGCCUUGGGGCCUGAGUUCUCAGAUGCCCACAUGACAUGGCUGAACUUUGUCCGGCGGCCAGAUGAUGGGGCCUCGAAGAGACGGUGCCGGGGCCGGGACAAGAAGUCGCGAGGCCUCUCUGGCCCCCCAGGGCCUCCUGGGCCCCCCGGGCCCCCCGGCCCCCCCGGUGCAGCAGUCAACCAGGAGGCCCUGUUGCGAGAGUUUCAGGAGAUGCUGAAAGAGGCCACCGAGCGCCGGUUCUUGGGGCUGCUGAGCCCCUUGCUGCCUGAAGGGACAGGCAGGUGGCUGGUGGCUGAGGCCUUCCACUGUGGACUGAAGGGCCCUACAGUGGUGGACGAGAGGACACUGCUGGAGCUGCGUGGCUUCCAGGCUGCGCCUCCCCCAGGCUGGAUGUGCAAGAUGAGGGCCCAGGCGCUGCAGCUGGCUGUUCACCUGCUAUCCCUCCAGCCCACUGCCCAGGGCGCCUUCCUGCGGGGGUCCGGCUUGAGCCUGGCCUCGGGCCGGUUCACAGCCCCAGUGACCGCCAUCUUCCAGUUUUCUGCCAGCCUGCACGUGGACCCCAGGGAGCCGCAGGGCAGGGCACGGCUGCGGGCUCGGGACACCGUGCGGGCGCUCGUCUGCAUUGAGUCCCUGUGCCAUCGACACAGGUCCCUGGAGGCCAUCUCGGGCCUGGAGAGCCGAGGCAGGGUCUUCACCAUGCAAGUCCAGGGUCUGCUGCUUUUGCAGGCGGGUGUCGUGGGUGGUGACAUCCACUGUGGGGUGUCUGCAGGCUGGACAGUACGCCUCCAUCUUCGUGGACAACGGCUCUGGGACAGCCCUCACGAUCCAGAGUGGCUCCAGCUUCUCCGGCCUGCUCCUGGGCACGUGAGGGCCAGACAGGGCCCCCCACCCGCCCCCCACUGUCCUCUGUAAAACCUGUGGUGACAGCAAUAAAGAGCUCUCAGCCCUC